AUGCCAUCGGUGGCUUUCCAUUCUCGCCCACAGUUGGAAACACUUUGGCUUUUUGGCCUUACCAACCAGACUGAGGGGAACUUUCUUUCCAUCGGCGGAUGUGCAAACCAUGAGUGUCACUCUCGUCUUGUCUUUCAUCUGCUUCGCCCCGGCGAAGUCUUUGGCUUUGUCCUUUUCCACAUAAAUGCGGUUGGGGAUCUUUUGAUAGUACAAUCCGGUUUGAUCAGCAUUGUAGAUGCGACUGGCAGGGACAUUGUACCUCUCAAUGAGGGGAUGGAACUCCUCGUCCAUCCACUUUUUCAUGAUUGCCUGCUUCGUUGCAUCGUCGAUGUCGCCAGCUUCUCCAUGCAGAUUGAUGCCAACUCUAUCAUUUCUUUUGAGGACUUUGGUAAUCCAUCCAUCGGAGGCACCGAAUUCCUUUUCCGGUAUACCGAGCUGCUUUGCGUAAGCAAGUGCCUUGGCUCUCAACGUGAUGUACGACAGUCCACAAUGGUCCUUGUUGACUCGUUGUUGGCGCAGAUCCAUGUACGCAACAAGCCUCUUCUCCAACUCCGGAUACUUUGGCGCAACAUGUCGCUUGGAUUUGUCGCUACCAACCAAAGUCUUGCUGUCGUAUUGCUUCAGGUAACGACCAAAACUCUGCUGUUCCGACUGCGUUCCUGA